AUGGCCGGCUGCGUUGGUGGUUUCCGCGUCUUCGCCGCAAGACUCCAGAAGCUUAUCGGCGUCAAGUCCAAGUCGGCGUCCUCCGAGAAGCCAGCUCUACAAAUUUCGGCGCCUUUUGACUUCAAGCACGAGACCCUCUCGCUACCGGGUGUUUCGGAAGAUGAGAUCGCAAUUCUAAAGGAGCAGGCGGCCGCUUCCCGCAUGAUGAGCGGUGUCGCCGAUCCUUCGGACAUUCGCAGCCCGCGAAAGGCUCCCGCUCCGCCUACUCUGCGACCCGUUACCCCGGUUGUCAAGGUCACACCUAGCACCCCCAUCUCGCCUGCCGAGAACCUCAUCUAA